UUGAAUAACCAUCGUGAUUUUACAUGUGAUCUCUCCGAAGAAAGGCUUGUGUAACUAACAGAUUGUCGUAUAAAUAUUCAUUGAAAUUAUUGCAAUUCUUAUUGAACACUUCAACAUGAUCAAAUUAUUGUCUAUUCUGUCCUGUGUGCAAUUUGCCUUGUGUGGGAACGUGGUAGAAGUCCUCCAACAACAGAACUUGACGACGUUAAUUUCACUUGUCCAGAAGGCAGGACUUGUUGAUGCGCUCCUUGGAGGAGAAUUUACCGUUUUUGCCCCGACAAACCAAGCGUUUGAGCGGCUACCGGCUACAACGCUAUCAUACCUCUCAAGCAACACACAAGCUCUCGCCGAUGUGCUGAAGUACCACGUGGUAUCGGGAACUGUGAUGAAGUCAGCUGCAUCCAACGAGUUACAAGUAACCAGUCUAGCCGGCAGCAAAAUCAGAUUCAACAUUUACCCAUUUAACGGCAUGGCAGUGACUGUCGACGGCGCUAAGGUGAGAACCUUUGACCUGAUGACGUCAAAUGGCGUGGUUCACGUCAUUGACUCAGUGAUGAUACCCCCUGCCGGCAAUAUAGUGACACAGCUGAAUGAUAACUUUGAUUUCACCACGCUGGUCUCCAAGGUCACUCAGGCGGGGCUUGCUUCUGCACUACAGGGCAAUAAUUUGACUGUGUUUGCCCCUACCAAUGCUGCUUUUGCGAAACUUAGUGCUUCAACUCUACAGAAAUUAGAAAAUGAUCCAAAUAUGCUCAGAGAGGUCUUGCUAUACCACGUUGUUCCGCACACCGUGUAUUCCGCUGGAUUAUUCAACAAAGAGAGGCUACGAACUCUGGAUUCCAACGGGGACCCUAUUCAAGUCACUAUUACCGGUGAGCAAACUGUGUAUCUUGACCUUUAUUCCCAAGUCACGGAAGCUGACGUCACGGCAACUAAUGGAGCUAUUCACGUCAUUGACCACCCACUAACGAUGCUCGCCCUCGUAGCUUUGGCCGUGUUUGUGCAGAGUGUUUUUGGGGGAAACCUAGUAGAGGUUCUACAAAACGAUGGGGAGACGACUUUGAUAGCUCUUGUUAAACAAGCGGGUCUGGCCGACGCUCUUCUGUCAGGAGAGUACACCAUAUUUGCUCCAACAAAUGCUGCAUUCUCCAAACUUCCCCAGUCUGUCCUUGACGGUCUACAGAGAGAUACCACCGCUUUGGCAAAUAUACUGAAAUACCACGUGGUCAAAGGUUCCAUUCACAAGGCCGAUGCAUCCAAUGAGCUUCAGUUGGAGACUUUGGCUGGAACCAAAAUCAGAUUUAACAUCUAUAAUCACAAUCACGUUGUUACAGUGGAAGGAUCCAAAAUAACACAUUUUGACCUGACCGCCUCAAAUGGAAUGGUGCACGUCAUCGACACCGUGAUGAUGCCUCCUACAGGAAGCAUUGUGGAUUUGGUGGCUGGCAACAGUGACCUGAGCACUCUUUUAUCUAAGGUGCAGUCAGCUGGAUUAGCCGGGGCACUACAAGGAGAUGCUCUAACAGUGUUUGCACCAACCAAUGCUGCGUUCAAUAGACUUGGCAGUCAUGUUUUGGACAAUCUUAGAAGAAACCCACAGCUUCUAAAAGAAAUUCUGGAGUACCACGUCGUUCCUCACACUGAAUACUCAGCUGGAUUGUACAACCGAGAAUACCUCAGAACCCUUGAUACUCACCAUGACGUCAUCAGACUUGGAGUCAGCAGUACUAAUGGUGUUGUUAUUAAUCACCGUUCUCACGUGACACAAGCCGACAUCAGCGCCACCAACGGUGUCGUACACAUCAUUGAUCACGUACUUAUUCCAUCCCGUUAUCUUUUCUCUGCGAUAUUGGGGAAAAAGUAAUCAUCUGAACAAACCAUUUUGACAUUUUUGAAGCCAUGUCUCCAUUGAAUCACACAUUUUAAUUGUAUAUACUUGUUAUUGAAUAUGCUUGUUAUUUUUAUUGAGUGAAAACGUACUAAAUUUGCAAUAAACAUUGACAAAAAGUGAAA